UUCCACAAAUAAGUUAGCAGAAUCAAUUGUCUGAGCACUGGAGGCCGAAUCACCCACAUUUGCUCAAACAAAAUUCCCUCUUUGCCCUCGCAACUGCUUCGGAUUCCCUUAAAAGGACACAAGGCGGAAAUGGAAGACAAGUGGAGACUGGAGAGACUGCACUCCUGCUACCUUCUUCGCCCGCGAACUGUUCGAUAAAACUCCCAGCUUAUUCUAUCAUUUUUUAGGCUAAUUCAUCGCGUGGCAAGUAGAAUAAUCAGUCAGUUCCAUGGCGGAAACCCUCAAUGUGGAUUUCGCCGAAGAAGGUAAAUCCGGCAUGCACUUUGAUGAUUGGAAGAGUGAGUUGGUGCCGGAGGCGAACUCCAAUGGUUACGUCGCCCUUGAUGUCGCCAAUCUCUCGCUUCUCGCGACCGGCGCCGCCGGUGAACUUGAUAUCACCGCCGGUGCGCGAAAUUCGGUUAAGAAAACGCUCUCUCGAAAGGGAUCGCAGCGUGGAGGAGAGCUAAAGUCGCCAAACUCCGCCGUCGCAGUCACCGACGGCGCGGAGAAAUUGGCUGCUUUGGUACACGUGAUAGACGAUGGGGAAGACGGAACUCUUCGUCAUGCAAUGACCACAACAGCGAGAGCGGCCGCAGUUGACGGCCGUCUCCGGCGCGUCGCCUCUAGGCGUCCGGCUCCGUGGCUCGAUCCCCGGCGAGUUCUUGUCUUCUUCGCAACUUUGUCCAGCGUGGGAACACUAAUCCUGCUAUAUUUUACACUCUUCAUGGGAAAUAUUCCAGGCGGGGAUGGCCAUGCCAGGUGACCUCAGCCCCACAACCACGUUAAAAGUACUCUUUCUCUACUUCUCCAGAACUCAAAAUAAAUGUUUGAAAUUAUUGAAUGGAGGAGAUAGUGAUAUUAGACGAUUUCAUUAGCUAAAGCAUGCGCUUGAGCUUUUCUCCAAAGCCACCAACAACAAAUAUGGACUCUUUUUUUAAUGUAGAAGUUGGAAAGAGUAGAGCCAAAGCCUGAAUGAAGAUGGUUGAGUGAGUGGUGGUCACUAGACUGGGAGGCAAUGGAGUAUGCAUUAGUAGGAUAGAAGAAAUGUUUUAGCUUUAGCUAGCUUUCUUUUCACGGAGAAAUUAUUCUGUGCGGAUUCUGGACCGUUCAGAGGCAAAUCACAGCGCACCACGUCACCCGGUACACAACGGUACCGAGCACCGCGCUGUGAUUCUCCUUUGGACGGUGUCUGGAAUCCGCACAAAAUAAUUAAUCCUUUUUUCAUGGGUAUGCAUUGAUGCUAUACCCACCCUCCGAGGCUUUGUGAUUAACUUGUGAGCUCAUGAACAAUUACUCUUUGAUUUUUGGGCUGGUUAGUGGCAAUGCAAUUGUGUUCAUUCCAUAUAAAAUUUGAAUUUAUUUGCAACA